UCGGGUUUUACAAGCAGUUACCAGGGCGCCCGCUGCUGAGCGGCCAGCUCGGCUCUCGUCCCACGGGGAGGAGUUCUGCUGCUCUGCUGUUGCUGGGAUCCGGCGGCACGCAGGACGAGCUGCUCCAGGGCCGCAUCGCCCGGCCGGGCUGCCAUGGGGGAUCGGUCAGAUCGAGCCAAGGAAACCCCCCUCGAGCAGAGUGCGGGCUAAAAAUGGACAAUUCCUUCGUGGAAGAAGUGGCCGCAUCUCUGGUGAGAGAAUUUCUCAGUAGAAAGGGUCUGAAGAAAACCAUCAGCACCAUGGACCGGGAGCUGCCACGUUCUGCACUCAGCAUCAAUAACAGGAAUGAGCUUCGAAACGUCCUGCAUUUGCACUCCCUGUACAAACAGAACAAGGCCAAGGAGAAUCCUCUGAAAACACUCCUUGAAAUCAUUACUAAUUAUUUCCUUGAGCACCGUGGAACCUCCAGGAGCACCAGUUCAAGUUCUGCACUGGCAGCUUCUCAAAGUAAGAGCUCAGCAUCCCAUCCACCUGACCUUUCAGAUGAAGAACGUGCAUGUGGAAAUGCCAGCCUGCCUCUUGACAGCAAAACUCAAACCUUCAGACACGAUGUUGAGAAUCCACCUGAUAAAAUCCUUCAAUUCAGAAAACAUCAACACAGAAGUGAAAAAUGCCAGGCGGGGACAAUAUGCAACAGCCUCUUAACCUCUGAUGGGGAUAAGAAGUUCAAGAGUAGUCAAGAGGAUUUAAAAUCAGCAGUGAUUUCUGAAGAGCUGCAAGCCACAGUGAAGGACAAGCAGAGGCCCAGGUCUGGUCUCAUUGUCAGAGGCACGAUGGCUGGACCAGGAGCAAGUUCUCCAGAGGAUCAGCAGAGAAGGAGGUCAAAACGCUCCAGCAGCAUCAGUAGCACAGCACUGCUCAAGGGUGAAAAACACGAGGAAAAUGAGCCGAGUGCCCCAAAAGUCGAUUCCCAAGACAAUAAAGGAUGCUCAGCACAAGUAAACCCAGAGAUUGCCUCAAGGACUUUGUCAAGUUUGCAUGUGAGUUCAGCUUCUGAAAAGCUAAGGAGCAUCUCCAAGGAUACCUGUGACUCUUUUAUCAAACUGCUGUCCGAAAGAGGGAGGACCAAGAUGGAGGAAAGGAAAUCACUGCCAAGCUUUUGUACAGACAGCGGUGAGAAAAGCCUUAAAGUCAGUGCCCUGCACAGACAUUCAGGGACUGGAAGGGAGAAGAGAGAAAAGGCCCUCAAGAAAAGUGAGAGCUGGUUAUCAGGUCACAGGAAGUCCCCAACAUCCACUUGGAAUAAAGAAGAGCAGAUGAAAGAUACCCUAGAAUUAGUUGAUGUUGAGGAUGAAGCAACAACUGGGGAAUUCAGUAGGAACCUGAAUCUUUCAGCACUGCACAUGCUUCAAGAAGCGUCAAAGGCGAUCGAUAUUUCUCUUGCAAAAGAAUUAAAAAAUCUUCUGUUUGGCUCCAGUCUUUGUUGCUUCAGUGAAGAAUGGAAAAUACAGAGUUUCACAUUUAAUAACAUACCUCAGUUAAAAUAUGGCAUUGUACAAAAAAAGGGUGGCCCAUGUGGAGUACUGGCAGCAGUUCAAGCUUGUGUUCUACAGCAGCUUAUCUUUGGAGACAGUAACAGGAAUAAGGAUGCUCGCUGUCUCCAGCCCUCAGAAGCUCACAGGACCAAAUGCCUCACCAUGGCUAUUGCAGACAUCUUGUGGCGUGCAGGAAGCAAUGAAAAAGCAGUUGUGGCACUGCCGUCAGGAAGACAGCAGUUCACUCCCAUAGGAAAAUAUAAGGCAGAUGGAAUCUUAGAAACUCUAAUCCUGCAUAGUGCCACAAGAUAUGAGGAUCUGAUUGUACUUCUUCAGCAGAAUAUUCACCAGUUUGAAAUUGGUCCCUGUGGGUGCAUCCUUCUGACCGUGUCCGUCAUCUUAUCGAGAUCCAUCAAUCUGGUGCGCAAUGACUUCGACGUCCUCACGAACCGGCUGAUCGGCAGCCACGGCUACUGCACUCAGGAAUUGGUGAACUUGCUGUUGACUGGCAAAGCUGUGUCCAAUGUUUUCAACGAUGUGAUAGAGCUGAAUUCUGGAAAUGGAAACAUCACCAUUCUGAAAGGCAUCACAAGCCGCAGUGACAUUGGGUUGCUGUCUCUUUUUGAGCACUAUGACGUCUGCCAGGUCGGUUGUUACCUGAAGACUCCUAAAUACCCAAUUUGGUUGGUAUGCAGUGAAAGCCACUUCAGUGUGCUUUUUUGUCUGGAAAAGGAUUUACAAGGAGACUGGAAAACCGAGCGGAGGUUUGAUCUCUAUUAUUACGAUGGCUUGGCCAACCAAGAAGAAGAAAUACGAUUAACAGUUGACACGACUCAGAUGUGCACGGAAGAUAAAGAAAACGAUCUUACUCCUCCACUUGAGCACUGCAUUAGGACAAAGUGGCAAGGAGCUGUUAUUGACUGGAAUGGCACUGAACCAAUCUUGUGACUGACCCGACCUGCACUUUAUUUGCAAGAAAAAAAAAGGAAAUGACAGAAUUAGCACAUUCCUAUUCCCACCAAUACAGGAAAUAGGGCAGGAGUUCUGUGCCACUCAUGGUGAGGAAGAAUGACAUGGCUGUGUGCAAGCUGGAAGAGCGUCACCUUGUUCGCCUCACGCUUUGGAUAUCUUGCUUAUAAUGCAAACAACACUUAGAUAAAUUCUUUGUUGAUGCCUUUAAUGUACAGUUUCAAUGUGUAGACUGAGAGUCUCCAAUGUCCAGUGACGGUUACGGGUAAAGCAGUGGAGUUGCCUAUGUCCCCUCGAGGUCCCUUUCUGGAUCAUCUCUGUAUCCUGCAAUUGUUCCCAAAAAUCUGAUGAAAGGAGCCGAGCUGCUAUUUCUGUCCCUGUUUUGCCUUCCUGUACUGCCUCGUUCUUCACCUGCAACACUCCAGUGCCAGGAUGAAACAUCAUCCAAGAAAUAAAUAUUCACUUCAUUGCCAUAUAUUACUAAGUCCAAAUCUAAGGCUGAACCUACUGGUAACCAUGUGGGCUACAGUUUACUUACUAGGCUUUAUUUACACCAAAGUGGCCAAUAAGUUCUGUGAUUUGCUGCUUCAUCAUUGCAAGAAAACAGAAGUGAUGUUAGAUGGGAAAUGUGAAGGGCAUUUGUCUGUGAUAUUUACUGUUAUUCAUGAUUAAAUAAAGUCCGUGUGGGAAAAUGGUGUACAGUGGAGAUGUACCACGAGGUACCAGAACAGCAGUUUGUAUUCUGAAAUGAACUUUUUAAGUGACAUAUUUUGGCAAAAAUUUACCAAAAUUGGAACAAGUUACUGUACUGAAGAUUGGAAGAAGUGGCUUUGGAAAAUA